AUGAUCCAGUCUUCUGACGAAAGCGAUUCUGAAUCUGACAGACAACACAAUGACGAAGAUGACACCGGUAGACGAAACCCUGGUCACGAAAUUCGUCUUUCCGUCUCUCAGCAGCAAGAAGCAACGGCGCUGAAACCCGAUGCUCCCAACUACACUGAAGAGCUUGGGAACAUUCCGAAUGAGCAUUCUCCAUCAGAGUUUGUUGUAGAGCGACUUCGCAAGCGCCGUUCUGCCAGGGCAAGCAGCGCGACACCUUCGAAGGAAGACCAAUACAGACCCGAGUGGCUGACGACCGACGGGUAUGAAGACGAUGUUGAGAUUUCUCCUGCGAAAAGCACCAAGCAUCAAGCUCCUGCCGUCGAGGAUGUAUCUACACAGCCUUCAAAACAGAAGAGUGAUGGCGACAUGGCUUAUGCGUUUUGCAACUCGCCCCUAAUUAACGACUAUCCGCCCAUCACAAGACCCCCCGAUGCAACAGCGACACUCAAGGCGCCUACUAUUGCGAGGGACAGUGACAUCGAAGCUGAUUCGUCUUUGGGAAUUUCGGACUUGAACUCGCCUUCCAAGCGAACUACCUUCAACGAAUUUGUCGAGGUUCGCACGUCUCCAACGUACUGGCAACGAGAGCAUUCUGAAGGCGAUGGCCCCUAUGCUCAAUUUUCACACGAGCAUUAUCACGAGGAACUCCGCUCAGGACAGAAGGCGGUUCCGCUUAAAGAUCCUCUGAAAGACCCUGAUGGCCAGAGUGCAAGGCAGCUUCACUUACCCCCCUACGGUAUUGACGAGGAAAGCUUCAACUCUUGGAGUGCUCCUGGUGCCGGCUGGGAUGCGUUCACAGCUCCAAGCUUCGGAUAUAACUCUUCCACAAACAGCUCAAGCGGCAGCCAACCCCAUCCAAGUACAUUGUACAUUCCGAAAGGUUACAAUACGAAUGAUGAUCCCGGCCUCUACGACCAAUCGUCUGGUUUCGACAAGACACGACCGAACCCCAGCAAUCGACAACAUCAGUCGUACAAUGGCAACGAUUUCCCUUGCGGCCAGGGCAAGGAGAACCAGCCCUAUCCCACAAGCCCCAAUGCGCCCAAGGGACCAAGCCCUCCUUUUAGCUUCUUUGAUGAUCGCUGUCGCCCUGCGAAAGCCCAUCGGCCCAAAUGGUCUCCGCGAGACGACAGUCCAUAUCCCAGUCGUGCCAAUUCCUCCUGGUGCCCUGGGGGCCCUCUCUCUAAUUGUGGCUCUCGCUCAGUCCAGGAAGACAAGCACUCGGGCUUCUACGAAGACAUCGAAUUCGACCCGAAAUUUCUCUCGAAAGACCAAGAAGCCAUUGCGGACGACCAAGACUUUCAUCAGGGCACCUCGCAUUCUGACUUUGGCCACGGAGAAUACUUACGGCCUCGCCACUCACGCACUUCAGAUGGUGAACAGACUUGCAGCAACACGGAGCCUUUCAAUACCCAUGAGGAUUUCAAAAAAUCCCGGCCUCGCUUUCCUCGCACCUUUCCUGGUCAUUCAGCAGAACGAGCAUCGGCUAUCGAGCGCGACAUUCCGUACGACACCGACAUCCCUUUCGAUUACUCGAACACGACCACGGACACGUUUCGCGAGCCCAAGCUUCCUCCUGUUGGAUUUGCCAUGGAGAUCCCGGACGACAUGUCUGACAGCGACGUCCACAACCUGCUCAUCCCAGGCUACGAUAACUACGUCCCCUAG